UAUAUAUCUCGAUCCAUGAAAUUAUAUUUUUAAAUUAUAUCACUUCACCUCCUUAAGAUAUACUUAUUGUUUAUUAAUCAGUUCAUUAUAUAUAAAGAGUACAUAAUCUGAUCUCCCUCUCUCUCUAACUUGGAGAAGUUGUCGAAGAUAUUCUCAUUCUGAAAAGUCAGCGUCCCUGUCUCGUUUCAUCAACCAUUCAUCUUCUUUUUCAGCAACAAAUUCACAAAUUUUCCCCAAGUAAAUAAUCCAACAUCACUGAUCACCCUGUUCUGAAAUAACUACAAAACGAUCGAGAAUUAUAAUAAGACUUCUCUCACGGAUUCCUAAUCAUUUUUUCUAUUUCUUUUUAUUAUUUUUGGAGUUUGUAAAUCUUCCACUGUGUAUAAAUCUCAUAUAUACAUAUAAACACGCAUCAUACUAUCAUAGGUAUAGUAUAUAUUAUGUGCAGCGUCUUUGAGUUACUAGACAUGGACAACUUCCAAGGAGAUCUAACAGACGUUGUACGAGGAAUCGGAUCAGGACACAUGUCAUCAUCCCCUGGACCACCGGAAGGUCCAUCUCCGAGCAGCUUGUCUCCGCCGCCAACAUCAGAUCUCCACGUGGAUUUCCCCUCCGCCGCUGCUUCUACCUACUGUCUAACAAAUCCCUUCGGAGACCCGUUCGUAAGCAUGACAGACCCUCUCAUCCACCUCCCGGCCAACUCCGGCUACUUAUCCGGCGCCGGAGAUAACAAAAGCAACAACAGUUUUGCAAUCUUUCCAAAGGUUUUUGAGGAUGAUCAUAUCAAGAGUCAAUGCAGUGGCUUCCCAAGAAUCAGGAUCACGCAAAGUAACAUCAUCCACGAUGCCUCCACGUGUAAUUCUCCGGCCAUAGCCUCCGCCGCCGCCGCAGCAGCUUCGCCGUGGGGGAUGAUCAACGUUGAUACCACUAACAGUCCAAGAAACUGUUUACUGGUCGAUAAUAAUAACAACACGUCAUCAUCCUCACAGAUUCAGAUCUCUUCUUUCCCUCGGAAUCUCGGCAUAAAGAGAAGGAAGAGCCAGGCAAAGAAAGUGGUGUGCCUACCGGCUCCAGCCGCUAUGAAUAGCCGGUCCAGUGGAGAAGUUGUUCCGUCUGAUCUAUGGGCUUGGCGAAAAUACGGUCAAAAACCCAUCAAAGGUUCUCCUUAUCCAAGGGGUUACUACAGAUGUAGCAGCUCAAAAGGUUGUUCAGCUAGGAAACAAGUCGAACGUAGCCGCACUGAUCCAAACAUGUUAGUCAUUACUUACACCUCUGAGCAUAACCAUCCAUGGCCUACUCAACGCAACGCUCUCGCCGGCUCCACUCGUUCCUCCUCCUCCUCCUCCUCUUUAAACCCUUCUUCCAAAUCCUCAACCGCAGCCGCCACUAGUACUUCUCCCUCAUCCAGAGUUUCCCACGACAACAAUACCAAAAACGAACCAAAUAAUUCCCACUUUCCUUCCUCUUCCACUCUUCCUCCUUAUGUUGCCGCCGCAGUUAAGGAGGAGAACUUGGAAGAGCGUCAGGAAAAUAUGGAGUUCGAUUAUAAUGACGUUGAAGAUACAUAUAGACCGGAGUUGUUGCGAGAGUUUCAACAUCAGCCGGAGGAUUUCUUCGCCGAUCUCGACGAGCUUGAGGGAGAUUCUUUGACCAAAACGACGAUUCCAGACGUUUUUAGUGAUUUCUUUGACUCCUCCUCCUCCUCAAGGUCGUUAUAA